ACAUCAUACUGGACAAAGCACUGUAUGGGAGUGGUUUCUUAGAAUCGAAUGAAUCCUGCUGAAUGUAAGGUUUUUCAAUUCCUGUAGCCGAACUAUUACUUUGUCAAGUCAAAAGGGUUCAAGGGAACACUAUUAGCGCUUAUUUUGUCAGGAAAUCCCAAAGAGGGUAUACAAAACUCAACCGAAUAACAUCAUAUGCGAUUUUGUGUAACAAAUCACUGACGCUGGAUGGUUGGUGAUUCGUAAGUUGCGUUCCCCAAACAUGUGCUGUGUCUGACGAGGCUGACCCGCGCUACCGAGACCCCCAGGAAGACCAUGCUGUCCCUCCUGCUGCCCACGCUGCUUGCUGUGCAAGCUCUCGCUGUCCUAGAAGUGCAAGUCCCAGAGCUGCCAGUGGUGGCGCUGUAUGGCAUGGACACCACCCUCAACUGUUCCUUCAGCCACGCCUCUCCCUUCAACCUGUCUGACCUCAGUGUCUUCUGGCAGCUGACGGACACCAAGCGCAGUGUGCACAGCUACUGGGCUAGCCAGGACCAGCUGGCAGACCAGGGAGAGCGCUAUGCCAACCGCACCAGCCUGUACCCCUCCCAGCUGGGCACGGGCAACACCUCGCUCCUCUUGAGGGGGGUCCGGGUGGCCGACGAGGGUAGCUACACCUGCUUCGUCAGGGUGGAGGCCUACGGUAGUGCAGCCCUACUGCUCCAGGUAGCAGCCCCCUAUUCCAAGCCUCUGGUGACCCUGGAGCCGGACUCCAACCUGCGGCCGGGUGACGAGGUGGCGCUGACCUGCGUGGCGUACGGUGGCUACCCUGAGGCUGACGUACUGUGGCAGGAUGGGGGCGGGCACAACCUGACAGACAACGUCACCACCUCCCUGGUGGCCAAUGAGGAGGGGCUGUUCAGCAUGCGCAGUGUCCUGACUGUCACCCUGGAGCCCAAUAGCACUUACAGCUGCAGACUGACCAACCCAUUAUUGGGUGAGGACGGCCACGCCUCCGUCACCAUCACAGGUCAGAACAUGGUGUUUCCCCCAGUGGCUCUGUGGGUGACGGUGGGCCUGGCUGUGUGUCUGCUGGGUCUGCUCAUCGCCCUGGCUGCAGUCUGCCGUAGGAAGAUCAAGGAGAGCUGUGAGGAGGACAGAGCAGCCAAGGAGCUUGAAGAGGCCAAAGAGCUGCAGGAAGAGGAGCAGUCUAAGACAGCCAUGACCCCCCUGAAAAGCUAAAGCCAAUAGAACACAGAAGUGAGGAGGCAGACGGUGAGACAGCGAUGAGUCUGGUAUUUAAUCCCACUACACCUAUCCGUCGACGGAGAGACUGGUUCCACUGUCUCUUACCCACACAGUGUCCAGGCCUUACUGAGCUGAUGAUGAGUCCAUCAUACCCAUCCCUACAGGACCACUUCCUCCUGGGUUUCAAAAAGACAUAAACCCAUCAUAUCCUAUUACAGCACUAUGUAUUUCCCUUCCCCUGCUACUCUUUCAGUUAACGAAGACUGCUGCAGUAUAUGAAUACUGAUGUGGAGUCGUAUUCAUUUCUAUGCAAUAUGCUAGAGAGAAACUCCACUUGAACGCCAUUGGAUGUGACAGGCUCCCUGUGUAUCGAGGUAGGAAGUUUGAGAGACCCAGGAUCUCAUUUCUAAUAGGAAGUGAGCAGCUUAAGAGAUGACCCAGCUGAGGCUGCCAUCGGUGUCUCCGUAGCUGUCUGCCUGCCAGAGACGGAGUGUAGCUGUGUAGUUCUCCAUUUACUCCUCGACUCACUAAUUAAUGGUUGCCCGUGGAGUAACUUGUACCUGUCAGUGUCUACCGCUCUCAUAUAUUCAAUAACUUGGAGGAAUUGAAAUUGAAUGCCAGCUAAGCUCGAACAAACUGCAAAUGGUGCAUGGGAUACACCCUGGUUCUCUCACUGACCUGACAGCAGCGUUAUAUGUAAGGUUUUUAAUGAACAUGGACUCUUCUCAGCUACUAUUAUCUGCCAAGGUGGAAUGUUUUAUGAAUUCAAGAUGGAGGCUGGAAGGGUGGGUGGGUGAUGGUAUAGGUUCUGUUACAGUAUACAGGUACUCGAGUCCUUGUGCCAAGUCCUUGUGCCAAAUGUCCAUGUGCAUAUCAAUGCCAAAGCUGUCCAUAAAACAACCCAGUGCCGAUUCGCAUUAAAGAGACAUGGUGAAAAUGUU